UCCUAUGAAUUUGCUUUAGUUUAAAAUAAACAUGAAACGCUCAUUAGUGCUCUUGACCGCGGUAUUUGCAUUGGUUGCUUCUGCAUCCAUUCCAUCCGAAAAUGAAAAUAGAAGUGAUUCCAAUGGCCGAAUUGUCGGAGGAAAGUUGACCGAUAUCUCCAAACAUCCUCAUCAGAUUUCUAUGCGAUACAAAAGCUGCACUUCUUGCUCUUAUAAUCAUCGAUGUGGAGGAAGUAUUAUAUCAAAAACAAUAGUUAUCACUGCAGCUCAUUGUGUCCAUGGAAUUAAAGAUGCAAAGCGAAUUCAUGUUGUAGCUGGUUCAAAUACACGGAACGGAAACGGAGUAACCAUGCCAGUUGCUAAGAUUGUAGAGCAUGAGAAAUACUCAACGAACACUGCUUAUGGAAAUGACGUUGCCAUAUUAGUUCUUGGCAUCGAAAUACCAUUAAAUGAUUACGACAUCAAAACCAUCAAAAUGGCGGACGAACGACCAGCUCAUAACGAUAUCUCACAAAUAACUGGUUGGGGUACAACAACAGAAGGCGGUUAUCCAGCUGAUUUACUCCUUGAAGUUGAGGUUCCAAUAAUAUCGAAUGAAUUUUGUGAGUUAAAAUAUGGAAGUGGAAAAAUUGAUUCUAGUAUGCUCUGUGCUGGAUCUUCGAAAGGUGGCAAAGACGCUUGUCAAGGCGAUUCAGGUGGUCCACUGGUAGUAAAAGGAGUUCUUGCCGGUGUUGUAUCUUGGGGAAAUGGUUGUGCGAGACCAGAGUACCCAGGUGUAUAUGCUAGUGUAGCGGAUUUAAGACAAUGGAUUGAUGAAGCUAUUAAAGAAAACUCAUGAUUAAGAGCUACUGUUUAUAAUAAAUGACUUUCUAGUUCUAAAGAGCUAAA